AUGGCCCACCAAUUCGAGCCAUUGAAGAAUGAUCUUCUCCUGAGAACAGCAUGGGGUCAAAAAGUAGAAAGACCUCCCAUGUGGGUUAUGCGUCAAGCUGGAAGAUAUCUCCCCGAAUAUCAUGAAGCCAAAGGAAACCACGAUUUCUUCGAAUGCUGUCGCUCCCCAGAAAUCGCCUCGACCCUGACACUCCAGCCCAUCGACCGAUUUGCAGGUCUCGUGGAUGCUGCGAUCAUCUUCUCCGACAUUCUGGUUAUACCGCAGGCGUUGGGAAUGACAGUCGAGAUGGUUGACAAGAAGGGCCCGCAUUUCCCAGAGCCAUUGAAGUCCCCGGAUGAUGGACAGUACGCCACAGUACUCAGCAAGGAUGUAGAUGUGGCUGCGGAGCUGGACUACGUCUAUAAGGCCAUUACUAUGACGAGGCACAAGUUGAAGGGGCGUGUUCCAUUGUUCGGGUUCUGUGGUGCUCCAUGGACGCUGUUCUGUUACAUGGUUGAAGGAGGUGGCAGCAAACUGUUCAUUCAGACGAAGACCUGGAUCUACAAGUAUCCCAAGGAGACCAAAGCUAUGCUACAGAAGAUUGCAGAGGUCUGUGUGGAGUACUUGGCACUGCAAGUUCAGGCUGGAGCUCAGAUCAUUCAAGUCUUUGAUUCUUGGGCGGCAGAGUUAUCACCUACAGCCUUCAAAGAAUUCGCUCAACCAUACCUCGCCUAUAUAUCCGAGAACCUUCCCAAGAGACUAAAGGAGAAGAAUCUGGAGAUUGUCCCCAUGGUUGUUUUCGCUAAGGGAGCAUGGUAUGCUCUAGAUGCACUGUGCGACCUUGGUUAUCAAGUUGUCGGACUAGAUUGGCUGCAAGAUCCAGCAGAUGCUGUCAAGGUUAGAGGAAAUAGACCUGUAGUUCUUCAAGGAAACGCGGAUCCAGGUAUAUUGUACGGGACUCGAGAGAACAUUACUGCUACUUUGGAGAAGAUGAUUGAAGGAUUUGGAGGCGGAAAGCAGGGCUGGAUCUCCAACCUUGGCCAUGGUAUCACACCUGGUGUAAACCCUGAUGAUCUGAAAUUCUAUUUCAAGGAAAUUCACAGAAUCACUAGCAAAUAG